CACGCACGCCCUGCCCCCGCCGGCCCACGCUCUCCCGGCCCACCCCGGGGUCCCCAGUAACUCUGGGCUCGGGGUCCCGGAUCUCCAGGUCCGUUGGCGCGAAUCCCGGCGCCCUCGGUCGGAAGGAGCCCGUGGGGCCCAGAUCUGCCGGAGAAGCAGUGGUGAGACGCGCCCCGCGGGGUUAGUGCGGGGCGCAGGGCGCGGGCCGGCUCAGUUGGGCUCAGCCCUGGGAGUCGGGGCCCCGAGACGGAGCCGCCCCGCCCCCUCGACCGUCGGAACCCGGGCCGGGCGCUGCGGAAGGGCCCGGGAGGGGACACAUGGCUUCGCCCUUCCCGCCCACCUUGGCCACCACCGGCGACAGCGGCGGGGAACUGAGCUCCGCGGACGACUCUGGAGACGCAAACUCGCUGCUGCAGAGCCCCGGGGGCCGAGGCCUGGCCGAGCUGUUUGACAAGGCUGCGGAGCACCUGCAGAGCCUGGUGCAGGUGGCCAGCCGCGAGCAGCUCUUGUACCUGUAUGCCAGGUACAAGCAGGUCAAAGUUGGAAGAUGCAAUACUCCCAAACCAGGCUUCUUUGACUUUGAAGGAAAGCAAAAAUGGGAAGCAUGGAAAGCACUUGGUGAUUCAAGUCCCAGGCAAGCAAUGCAGGAGUAUAUUGCAGUGGUUCAAAAGUUAGAUCCAGUUUGGAAUCCUCAGGACAGAGAGAAAUUGAGAAGGGAAAGGAAAAAGAAAGGAGAAAGAGACAUCUGCAGUACUUGCUUCACCACUCAUGAAGCUUCCUCCCUGCAGUUACCAGAGAAGAAAGGAAAAGAAGCCAAGACAGGUUUUGGUGGGCCAGUUGUUAGUUCUCUGUAUCAAGAAGAAAUCAUAAGGGAAGAAGACAAAAAUAUCUUUGAUUACUGCAGGGAGAACAACAUUGACCAUGUAACUAAAGCCAUCAAAUCAAAAACCGUGGAUGUGAAUAUGAAAGAUGAAGAGGGCAGAGCGCUGCUCCAUUGGGCUUGUGAUCGAGGACACAGGGACCUCGUCACAGUCUUAUUACAGUACAGAGCUGAUAUUAACUGCCAGGAUAAUGAAGGACAAACAGCUCUGCAUUAUGCUGCCGCCUGUGAGUUUCUGGACAUCGUGGAACUACUGCUCCAGUCUGGUGCGGACCCUGCUCUUCGAGACCAGGAUGGCUGUUUGCCGGAAGAGGUGACUGGCUGCAAAGCGGUGGCUUUGGCAUUGCAGCAGCACAUGACGGGCACCACUUAAUCAAAAGACCGGGAAUCCACAGUCUGUAACAGCACUGGGCUUCAACAGUGAAAUAAAAUGCAAACAUAACUCUCCUUUUCCCACCCACCUUUGGUAUACAUUGGCUAAUAAAAUCAGUUCCAAGGA